AUGUCACGCUCCAUCGUUAUCAGCGAGAUGUCUAACAGUGUGACCGGAACUUUCGUACUCUAUGACCUCCUCUCUAUCAGUACUAUGUCUGGUUCCAUCGAAAUCACGAUAGUACCCCAUCCCGCUUCCUCUUCGAAAGCCCCGGCCGAGCUUCGUCUAAACACCGUCUCAGGCUCGAUCAAAGUGACGAUGGCGCCAUUCCUCCACGACCCUUCUACCGCGAUACCCAAGCGCCCCUUCAACUCUUCUCUCAAGUCUAUGUCCGGCUCAAUCACUGCGGCGCUUGUCCAUUCCGGCACCAUCGGUACUGAACGGACCUCAAGGAAGUUGAUACUGAUUGCCGAGUGA